GGUUUGAUAAGGUGAAGGACAUAUCCUGUCUCAGGCGAUGUCUGUGUGAAGGUGGCGGCUUGUGGGAGCAGGGUAGACGACGAAGAUGUGGCUGGCGGUAGUUUGUGUUCUAAACGUAUAUUGCUUAUCAGUGUUUGCGAAAAUUCCAGCUGGCUAUAUUCUCAAAGUCACCCCUCACUGUGGGGAACAUCCGGAUCGUCCCGCCGUGGUUACCAUAGUAACCGACCUGAGCGUUGGGGCCAAGGCUGAAUGUGCAGAGAGAACUGUACCCUUCAAGACUUCUGACGGUGUCAACUUUAAGCUGCUUGUAGGCUAUCCGGGUCACAGUAAUCUCCCUUGUGUCUUCAAGAAACAGCAGCAAGUGUCGACGUUUGUCGUCAAAGUCUUGGCAUCAUACGGUGAUGUUGGGAGACUGAUGCCUCAACAAGAGGAGGUUACCAUCACCUGUACCUUUGAUGCCAACGCUGCCGGUGACACACAGGCACAUAACAUCAGCCAGAGGUCUGAAUUAUUUGUCAUGUGUUGUAGACUUCUUACACCGAAGGAGAUCCAAAGUCACAUGGGCCAGGGGAGCAACGCAACUUUCACCCUGAGAUUGACUGAUAUCCGUGGCAAGGACCUGGCAAGCAGUGCAGUCCAUCUGGGCCGAACAGUUCAGUUGAGGGCAUAUGCUGUCGGACUGCCUCAGGAUUCCAACGUGAUGCCGGUAUCCUGUGAUGCGGUGUCCACCGUCAGCGGGGCACGGUAUUCUAUCCUCAGAGCAGGGUGUGGGGACGGGGUGGUCAUCAGUAAGACUGAUGGAUUCAGCAGCUUCAGCAGCGAGUCAAGAAGUCCAUACUUCCAAACCUUCAGGCUGGAGGACGACUCGCAGCUGAGGUAUGAGUGUAACUUCACGCUCUCUAAAAGACCCAGCGGCAGUGAUUGCCAGAUUGCACAAUGUUCAUGCUGGGGCGCCAACACCAACUGCUGCUACACGUGUGAGGACGUUCAUGUCGCCUACGACGAUCAGUACUGGGAGAUGGAUGAGGAGUUGAUUGCGCAGUGCUCUGGUUCGCCGUGUACGGUGAAUUCAUGUCACAAUGAGAGAGCCCGCAGAAAUACAGCCAAAAACAAGGACUGGUCGUCUCGGAGUGAUGACAUUGCCAGUAUUCCUCUGCAGCCGGCGCCGUUAUUUACGGUACAAACCACGUAGUAAUCGUGGGCUCUCUGGUAUGAAUGUAGUUUCAGCUAUAAAGAAUAAAGUGACUUGAUAUUU